AUGCUUUCACGUAAAGCCAAAAGCAUAUUAUUGCUGGAACCAAUAUCUUCCAAAUUGCUUUUUACCUGUGAAAUGUGCGAAAUAAUAAAGGAUACGAAACAAACUUCUGCCAUUAUUAUAACCGCUCUUUUAAUAGCGAUGAUGGUAAAGGCUGAUAUCACUGAUACUCUCACAUCAGGUAUGAAUUACAUUUAA